GUCCUCUUUUUCGUCUUCCUUCAUCUUUCCGUUUUCUGGACCUCACGUAACUCGUUCGCACGUGGUUUCUCUAAGCAAUUAUCAUGGAUAAACCCGUGGUUUUGGCUCGCGUAAUGAAAGUUUUGGGACGUACAGGUUCCCAGGGACAGUGUACGCAAGUAAAAGUCGAAUUUAUUGGAGAACAAAACCGACAGAUUAUUAGGAAUGUCAAGGGUCCAGUCAGGGAGGGAGAUAUCCUAACCCUAUUGGAAUCUGAACGUGAAGCCAGAAGACUAAGAUAAUUUUUUAUUUUGUUUUCUAAAUUUCUAAUGCAGUUUGGAUUUGUUUAGUGAAAAAGAAGAAAAGAAGAUGGACAAUGUGACAUACUAUCCAUAAGUAUUUGGCGUUGACAAGAAGAAGACCCAAAACCACAUUGGAGUUUCAAAAAUUUUAAGUUUUGUUAUGUGUUAAUAAUAUACAUUUUUCAUCUUCA